AUGUUUUUCAAAGUGAUUUUAGUGUUCUUUAUGGUAUAUGUGGCUUUACUAGAAGGUACUCCACCGCCACCUCGUAAUAACAGAAAUAAUCCUCAAACGGAGGAUAUACAUCCUAUGCAUUCCCAUAUGAUAACAAUAGAACGUUUGGAGGCACUUCUAAGGAGAGCAAGUGAAAUAUUCAAGCCUCAUCUGGAUGCGAGACAAAUUGAUUUGCCCUCAUCCGAAAGCCAACAAGUUGCAGUACCCAUGCAGUACAUGCAACCGCCCAGUCAACCAUAUAAUUUCUAUUUACCAUUAUACGAUUAUGACGAGAGUGAUGAAACCCAUCAAGUGAAACAGCAUGACGGCAAAAGUCGUAAAAUGGAUACAUUUAGCCCACCGCCAAAGCCCAAAGACUCGGAUGCGGCUGCAAAGAAUUUUUAUGACAUAAAACCUAAAAAAUCUCCUAAAAAAUUUAAUGCCUCCAACAAACACAUCAACAUUAAAUGGCUGAACAACUAUGAAAAACAGUUAUCUUCUCCUGGCAAUAAGCAGUCGAUGCAAGUACCAAAAGAUGUUUACCUUAUGAACGAUGAACGCAAUCGCAUUAACUUUGAUGACACAUUCUUUGCUGUGGACAUGAAAGUACCCGAUAGAACCAAUAAACUCGACAAUAAGUCACAAAAUGAUGCAGAACAAGGACAGCAUGAUGAUUAUUUAAAUCAAGGUGAGGAGGAUUUAAUAGCAGCAGCUGCAAUUCAAAUACCCCUAAUAAGGGAUUUUACAUCCCUAAGACGUUUGUAA